AUUAAGAUUCAAAUGAAAGGCUUCAAUUUAAUUUUCGUGUUCCAAUCUUCUUUUCCACACACCAAUCCAACCAAUAGCUUCCACUUGAAACAACCAAUAUAUUCCUUGGAAACAAAAUAAAUUAACCAAAACCAUAUUUCCGUAUACCUUAGAUUGCAUUGAAACCAAUCAAGCAUGGGAUCUAGAGACAAAGAUGGUGAGGAGUCACUUGGUAUAGGCCUUCAGGUGAUGCUAGCAGCAGCUUUCUCUUUAUUUGGUGUGAUCUUAUUAAUCAUAAUCUUCCAUUUUUGUGUAAAAUAUUUCAUUAAACGCCAACAAAGGAGACGCCAAAACAACUUUCUUUAUCAAAUCAGCACUCAAAUUGCACCAAUUGAUGUGAGUUCUGUGGAGCCACGCAACUCUGGCUUUGACCCUUCGAUCAUAGCCUCUUUGCCUAAACUCUUGUACAAGCAAACGGACCAAUUCAAGCAAGGUGAAGUUGUAGAGUGCUCGGUUUGCUUAGGCACUAUUGUGGAAGAUGCAAUCACUAGGGUUCUACCAAAUUGUAAGCACAUUUUUCAUGCUGAUUGUGUUGAUAAAUGGUUUAAUUCUAACACCACAUGCCCAAUUUGCCGCACCGUGGUUGACCCAAAUGUGCAACCAGAACAUGGUCAUGUAGGUGCCACACGGGUUCACAACCAAGUCCAACCCACAGCACCACCGGCUGAGGGUGGUGUUGAGCUACAAGAUGAUAGUGAAUUGGAGAGUGUGGGGUGUUCAGGUUUGAGAAUAGGAUCUUUUCAUAGGAUGAUUGGUAAUAGGGAAAGACCAGGAAGAAGGACUCAGAGCUGUGAUGGAUCUACCAUAUUAGAUAUAGAAAGGCGCUAAACUAAGUAGUGAAUAAAUUGUUAUUUCCUAAUUUUCUCCUUUCAUUUGCAUAUAUUCCUUAGUUUAAAUGAGUAUUGGUACGGUAUGUUUUUUGUUAUGGGGGUGUUGGGAUUGUUUACGCCAUAAUUUUCCCUUGUUUGUUAAUGCUUUGUAUUUCUAUUUAUUGUUUUAGGAGAGCAAGUAAUUUUAAGUGAAAUUUGAUUGAUAAAUCUAAUUUUCAUUUUUUAUUAUGA